AUGCCACGACCGACUCGAAUAAAAGGUGGUAAUAAGCCUGCUACCAAAUCGCCUUCUUCUGUCCCAGGCACCACAAAGCCGAGACCAACAUCCGGCACUACUGGCAAAAACGCAAAUUCAGUCUCAUCUGCAGAACCUGCCCGAAGCAAGAGACGCCAACAAUCCGAAGGGCCUGCGCCGAGAGCUUCGAAAAAGUUGAAGGCAGAUAGGGCAACCAACGACACCCCAUCACAGAAACUGGACAUCUAUGUAUUUGGUGAGGGCGAAUCUGGCGAACUUGGAUUAGGCCCGAAGCCUAUUCAGGGGAGAAAACCUACCGAUGUCAGAUAUCCUCGUCGCAAUACACUUCUUGAUCCUACAACAGUCGGAGUAGUUCAGGUGGCAGUUGGAGGCAUGCACUGCAUCGCUCUUACUUACGACCAGAAAAUCAUAACUUGGGGCGUCAAUGAUACUGUUGCACUUGGUAGAGAUACAACAUGGGAAGCACCCACAAGGGAUAUAGACCAAGAUUCGGACGCAGAAGAUUCGGACGAGGAGAGCGAUUUGAACCCAAAGGAGUGCACACCUACUUCUAUUCCCAUGGAGAACUUUGGCAAAAAUUUACCAACCUUCGUCCAAGUUGCUGCAACAGACAGUGCUAGUUUUGUGGUCACAAGCGAAGGUUCUGUUUAUGGUUGGGGAACAUUUUCCGCAAAUGACGGACUCUUUGGUUUUACUACGAAGGAUGCUAUUCAGGCUGCAAAGAUAAAAGACGAAGAAAAAAAGCUGCAGAAAAAGCUGCAGCGAAAGCCUGUCCCUGUUCUACACUUGACGAAGAUCAAAUCAAUUGCGACUGGAAACAAUCAUGUUGUAGCCCUUGAUAGCAAUGGGAAAGCUUAUGCUUGGGGUGCAGGAGAACAAAAUCAACUUGGUCGUAGUAUCGUGGAGCGAACUCGUUAUGCGUCCUUAACACCUUGUCGACUUGCCCUUUCACCAAAAAUCAAGCAAGUUGCUUCUGGUGCCUAUCACAGCUUUGCUAUUGGCGAGAACGGUCUCGUAUAUGCCUGGGGUUCGAAUAACUUUGGCCAAACGGGAAUUGUAGAUGGGGCUGGCGAAGGCGACGCAGUUAUACCCAAACCCACUAUUGUGGAGAGUCUUCGGCCAUAUAAAAUCAGAGAAAUUACUGGAGGCGAACAUCACUCGAUUGCUUGCACCGAUGAUGGUAAGCUUUUAAUUUGGGGCCGUUGCGACGAUGGCCAGGCGGGUUUCAAGCUGGAGAACUUAGCAGAACAAGACCUUCUCUUCGACAGCCGUGGUAAACCACGGAUUCUCCUAAAACCUACUGUGAUCUCCGGUAUUCACGUAGUUUCAGUCGCUGCUGCUAUUGAUAAUUCGAUUGCAGUUACUGCCGAAGGGAAGGCGUAUUCUUGGGGCUUCUCUGCCAAUUAUCGAACUGGCCUGGGGACGGACGAGACAGUGAAGGAGGCUACUUUGCUAGCCAAGGGAGAUAUUGCGAAUAGAAAAAUAACCUUUGCAGGGUGCGGUGGACAAUUUUCUAUACUGGCUGGUCCGGCUCAGGGUUAG